GCUCUCAAAGUAGCUGCUAAUAGCCUUUACGGUGCAUUCGGAGCUACUACUUCCCACCUCUAUAACUACCAUGCGGCUUCUUCAAUCACUUCUGCUGGUAGGUGGAUCAUUCAUGUCGAAAUGGCGAUAGCACGAGGUUUAGGACUUAACGCUGUUUACGGUGACACAGACUCUCUCUUCCUCCAGUCUAAC